AUGGCCGACGAUCUGUCGCGGUUGGGGGUAAGUUGGGUGGAGGAGUCGGCUCUACGUGAGGAUGUCGUGGCGGCAGUGGACGCCCACGGUGCCGCAGAGGCCGCGGUGGAUGAGGCAGAGCUGCGCCGUCGCUGGGAAGCCCUGGAGGAGAUGGAGCAUGUCGUUGCGGAGCUGCAGUCGUUGGCUGCGAAGCCACUUCAGACUGCCAUGCCGUCCAGAGGGGUGGAGAUGCUUCCAGGGAAUGGAGGUGCGGAAGCAAGGAAGGAGGCGGAAAAUGCCGCGGCCGUCCUGCAGUUUCGUUUGGCGAACGCACAGAGAGAGCUGGAGAACCGUGCAAAGCUGCUGCGUCGCUGGCAGGUGGAGAUGGAGGGACGGCAGCGCAAACGUCUUGAGGAGGCAAAGCGGCGCAGGCGGCUGUCUGAAGCGGCAGAACGAAACACAACGAUGGGUGCCUCAGCUGGCAACAUAUCUUUGGCUUCUGCUGGUGUCAGCGGCGAGGCACACCAUGCAGCGACCACGACGAUGACGGCGCCUGCCGCCACGAUGCAUGUGCCUGUCGUGCAGGUGGCUUCCUCCUUAGCAUCCCUCACAUCUGCUGCGUCGUCGCUUGCAGCACUGAGCAACAGGAGGCUUGAAGCGACGUCUCCGCUGCGCUCCAGCGGGGUCCCGAAGAAUACGGCGACGGCAGUGCAGUCUGGAGCAGCGGCGGAACUGCAACAGUGUCAUGACGUUGGCAGUCGUGCGGCGACGGCGUUGACUCUCAUGGAGUAUGCGGGCGGCGCCAUUCUUCCCUCACUUCACCGCGUCACACUAACACGCUCGGAUGUGCGGUCAAAGUCUAGGAAGUACACCGAUGAUGGUGACCUCGAUGCGUUCCACACGCGUCAGCUAAAACGAAAGCGGUUGGAGGAAGCUGCUGCAAACAUUGCAUCCUCACAGGUGAAGCAGAUCCCUUCUGACGCGGCGAAGCUGGAGUUGGACGCUAGCGCUGGGUCGAUUACUGUAAAGCAGGAAGCCGGAGCGGAGGAACGAAGCGGCGUCACGAGGACCAGCGCGAUCGACGUGGAUGCACUGAUGGAGGAGGAGGAUGAGGAUGCCGGUGAAGACGUUGUGCGGCAGGUGCUCAUGAAUGUUAGUGGCGGCCGUGAGGAUGGCAGUGAUGCCCAAUUCGUGAAUCGGGGGGGGCAGGAAACACUUGUGUCGCUCAUGCCUGGCAUCUCUCUCUCAGCUGCCAUUUACAACCGUUUGCUGGAGCACCAGAGAGACGGUGUUAUCUGGAUGCUGCAGCUGCACAACCAAAGGAUGGGUGGCAUCCUUGGGGAUGAAAUGGGCCUUGGGAAGACGAUACAGGUGGCGGCUAUGCUAAACACUCUGAAUCAUUCCCGGCAGCUGCGUGGUCCAUGCUUGAUUGUCUCGCCCUUGACGGUGCUGCGGCAGUGGGUGGCGGAAAUGCACCGAUGGGCCCCAUACAUCCGGACUUGUGUCAUGCAUGAAAGUAGUGCCACCACUAUGAGUCGUGAGAAACUUGUUGAAUCCAUCCAGGCGACGCCGGCGGUGCUUCUUACCACGUACACGGCUGUGCGGCAACACUGUCAGCUUCUACACAGGGCAAAGUUUCAGUAUGUCAUCUUGGAUGAGGGGCAUAAGAUUAGUAACCCGGAGGCCACUGUGACACUUGCAGUAAAAUCCUUCCCAACGCCGCAUCGUAUUAUUCUCUCCGGGACACCCAUUCAAAACACCCUAAAGGAGCUUUGGUGCCUGUUUGACUUUGUCCGGCCUGGCUUGCUUGGCACCAUGACAAAGUUUGUGGAGGAGUUUGAGGAGCCGAUUAACGCAAGCAAGGACGUUCGUGCCUCCUCGCUGACGCUGGCAACCGCCGUAGAAUGUGCCCAAGCGCUGCGGGAGCGAAUCGCACCCUACCUGCUACGUCGCCUGAAGCGACAGGUAAUGCAUCACGCGUUGCCGCAGAAGUACGAGCGCGUCAUACGCUGCCCCUUAAGUGAUGAACAGUUGGAGGCGUAUGUGGAGUUGCUGACCUCCGCGCGAGUGCAGCGGCUCUUCAGUGGCACCGUGACAAACAUGCAGAUGAUGGGUGGGUUGAAUCGCGAUGGUCGUGACGCGAGUGGUUGCCUUCACACCGCUGGUAGACGCUUUCAGCUGUUUCAGCGCCAGCAUCACAGCGGCAUUCGCCUUGAGGCCUUCCGUGUGCUGAAUGAGCUGCGUCAGAUUUGCAACCACGUGGACAUUUUCCGAGUGCGGCAGGUGGCGGUGGCAAAUGGCAAGGACUACUUUGAUGACGACAACGAUGAUGACGUGGUGGGCGCGAAGGCAAGGCGGCGACGUGGGACGCACCUGUCACUGCGCAGCAACCGCCCCGUAAACUACGCGGGUAGUGGGAAGCUGCAGACGCUGCGAAAGUUGUUGACAGUCUGGCAGCGUGGGGGUCAGCGGGCGCUAGUUUUCUCACAGACCCGCACGGCGCUUGACAUCAUUGAGAAUAUGUGCGAACAGGAGGGGUUCACGUACAUCCGCAUGGAUGGCAGCACAAACGGGCACUAUCGACAGGAGCUCAUGGACCGCUUCAACGAAGAUGAUAGCAUCGUCGCCGCGCUGCUCACGACGCGCGUUGGCGGCGUUGGGGUCAAUUUGGUUGGCGCCAGUCGUGUCGUGGUGUUUGACCCCGACUGGAACCCUGUCACUGACGAACAGGCACGCGAGCGGGCGUGGCGCAUCGGUCAGACGCGCGACGUCGGCGUCUACCGCCUCAUCGCCAGCGGCACCGUUGAGGAGGCGAUUCUCCGCCGGCAGCUUGCCAAGACGUACGUGACGGAGAAGGUGCUGCACAAUCCGGCGCUGCAGCGUUUUUUUCACCAGCAGGAGAGCAUCACGGAGACGUUUUACCUCGGCGCGGAGUACGACAGCCGUGUGCCGGCGGGGAAGAAACACAUCCUCGCGGUGCAGGAGAUAUCCCCCCUGCUGGAGGCGGACGAGGAGGCUGUGACGGAGCAGGAGAAGAGUGGUGGGGCAGUUGUGAAGCAGGAGAGUGGUGGGGCGCCCGCCGUCUACCGUGUGCGGCCCCCGUCUCCGCAGCCAACGUCGUCUCCCACUGCCGCCGCCGCCGCCCACAAGGCGGAGACAGCGCUUCUGCAGGACCUCGUUGACGGGCGGGAGGUGCGUGUGUCGGGGGGAGACGCGAUUGCGCAACACCUCGCACGUCUCUCUGCGGCGCAGACGAUGCAGCGCGUGGCAAACACCACUCGCACCAUUGCGCAACAGCAGGCCGAGAUGCGGGUGAGGGCCUCACGAGAAAUAAAGGAGGAAAAAGUGGACUGA